AUCAUCUGUAGCACCAUGGAGAGCAUCGUGCUGUAUGCGGUCGGACUGUUCCAAGUUUGGUUCACUCCGUACGCCAAAGUUGAGGAAUCGUUCAAUUUGCAAGCGUGUCAUGACUUGCUGUACCAUGGCGUGAAUCUCACCAAGUACGACCACUUUGAGUUCCCCGGCGUGGUGCCACGUACGUUCCUCGGCGCCCUUCCUGUGGCGUUGCUGUCAAGUCCAAUUCUGCACGUCUUUCAUCCGUCCAAGCCUGUGAUGCAGAUCUGUGUCCGUUCGUCCCUCUGGACGCUUUCGUUUCUCGCGUGGCUCUACCUCAAGCGAACGAUCUCGGCGCUCCAUGGCCGAGACACGAGCGUGUGGUUCACCGUGGUGUCGAUUGUCCAGUUUCACGUGGUCUUUUACAUGGGUCGGACCUUGCCCAACGUAUUUGCAUUGAUGCUCGUGAUGCUCGCGUACAGCUUUUGGAUGCAGAACCGCCCGAAAGUCGUGAUUUCCCUGCUUAGCUUCUCCACCAUCGUCUUCCGUGGCGAUACGGCCGUGCUAUUCGCCCCAAUUCUCAUCACAAUGCUGGCCAUGCGACAGAUUUCGUUGCUGGCGACCAUCGCAUCCGGCAUCCUCUCAACGAUCAUAGCCUUGGCGACUACAAUUCUCGUGGAUUCGUAUUUCUGGCAGCGCUGGUUGUGGCCCGAAGGGGAAGUGCUGUGGUUCAACACGGUCCUAAACAAGAGCCACGAAUGGGGAACGUACCCGUUUCAUUGGUAUUUUGCCUCGGCCCUUCCUCGCAUUAUGUUGGCCACAGCAUUGUUAGUGCCGCUUGGAGCUACGUCCUUGGGCACGGUGCUGAGUGGCUCCAAGAACGUUCGCGGAAUGUUCGAAGCGCUGCGCACCACGACCUUUGUCGACGGGCCCACGUGUCAGUACUUUAUACCGGUACUCGUGUACGUGUUUCUGUUUUCGUUUCUGCCGCACAAAGAGCUUCGAUUUGUCCUGAACGCAGUCCCAAUCUUGAAUUUCGUCGCUGCCGUGGGAGUAACGAAACUAUGGCGCAACCGUACCAAGUCGUUUUGGCCACUGGUGCUCGCACUGGGCUGCCUGUGUGCCACGUUGGCUGGGUCGGUGGUGUUUUCAUUGGCAUCGCAUGCCAACUACCCUGGUGGUGUAGCGUUUCACCGAUUGCACAAGCUGGGGGCUUCUUUCGAGCAUACACCCAAGACAGUUCACUUGGAUGUGGCGUCGGCCAUGACUGGAGUGUCUCGGUUUGGGGAGCAGUACCCCGCCUGGACGUACGACUAUCAAUAUCUGUCUUACAGGGAAAUAUAUAUCUGAAUUUAUUAAAUAUGACAGGUAUUUGAAAACAGAGGGCUUGAACGCGUCUGCUGACUUUGCAACGGUUGACUAUGUGUUGACGGCGGACCCGUGGCAUCCCUCGAAGCAGGAGUUUGAAGUCGUGGACACCGUCGACGCCUUUGAUCGUGUGGACGCUGGGCGGUUGGCCAUUGUCCAGAAGCCGCACAUUUACAUUUUGCAGCGAAAGCCAAGCCAGGUGUAGCUUAGUUGGCGUGCCGGCAAAAGAAAUACCGGUUCCAUAUGCACAUUGAUCGCAUGAAUAAAUGUCGAGAUCGGGGGUA